GACGCAAAAGUAAACAUGUAACAUCUUUCAAACAUGUGAUAUAAUCAGUCGUUUCUGUGUUUGAUUAUAUGGGCGGUUUUCCCGGAUAUCUAUUUGCACUCAAGUGCAAGGUGAUUAGUUUGAAGUAGUUUAACCUUUACCCGGUUCCAGUAGGUAGUAUUUUUAUGUUUUACAGGUCAUGUUUCACCAACAUUACCGCCGGUGUAAAGAUGUUGUCUGCCGAUUGAUUAUCCUCCGUGUGCCGUUUAAUAAACGACUUUUAACAAUGUCAAUACCGAACCUAUCUGAAGAAAGCUCGAAGCGACUGAAAGGCAGAGCCAGGUUACAGUCCAAUGCAGACAGGAGAGGAGCAGACCCCAGUGAGGGGCUGACAACAUGCAGCAUUGUACACGAGCACCCUGCAAGAAAGUUCACAGAGGAAGAGAUGGACAUCCACAGAACCCACAGAGAGGCAUGUGAGACAAAGAAGCAGAUGUACGUGGACCCUUCCAGUGGGUACAAGGUGUUCACAGAGUAUGCCCAACUUCAGAGAGGGAAAUGCUGUGGCAGCGCGUGCAGACAUUGUCCAUAUGGCCAAGUCAACGUGAAGGACCCUGCAAUGAAGAAACAAUUUAAUACUUUAUUUUAUGCAUGACGAAGGUAAAAUGCCUGUUCAGAAUGGAACACAAAACAUGUUGCUUAUCUUCUGCCUGUCAUUAUCCGAACUACUUUGGAGUCAUUUUUAGCAGUGUACUAAAUGAUGAAAUAGGGGUACUGUCUGUGCAAUAUCUACCUCCAGUGAAUCACAACUAUUCUCAGGAUUAUUAUUAUUCUCACAAGACGGGGGAGGAGGAGCAAGGAUUUGUUCACUAGAGCCUCAUAUAAAAUAGUCUUUAAUCACA